UAUUUAGAUACACAAUGAAUGAAAUAUCUAGUUAGUCCUCAAGGCUAUCACAGAUUCGUUACGUAGAUAAGGCAUUUACACAGAUUCAUUUAACAAAAUUUGCCAGGUCCCUGACAUGUGCUAGGCACUGGGAAUACCAAGAUGACUAGAACGUCAUCUUUGCUCACGCAAGAGGGAAGCAGACAUGAAAGUAGAAUAAUACAAUGAGGUAACUGCUACAAGGCGUCUCAGGGGCAGGGAAGAAAACAGAAGGGACUGUCUGUGCCUGGUUGAGUCCUGUAGAUGUUAAGUGCACAAGGUGGCCAGGCAGCGGGAAUAACCUGUUUGCAAAGGCAAAGACGCUUUUAAGAAUAGGGAGCACUGCAGGAUCCUGAGCUUUCAACAGCCAUUGGAGAGCGUGGAACAGGUGAUGGAAAGAGCGACAGGGGCCUGACCAGGAGGGCAUUAGGAGCCAUGUUAAGUUUUUAUUCUGUAGGUUUUGGGAAGCAAUGAACAGGAAGCGACACGAUAACUAUAGUACAAAGAAAGAGAUUGUAAGAUGGGGACUGAGAACAAGGAGGUAAUUCCCAAGGAAGAAAUUUCUGAAGAAUCUGAGCCACAUGGGGCAAUAUUAGAAAAUCCUCCAAAGUUAGUUUACGAGGGUCACGAGUUUGGAGUGGCAUGUGAAGACAGUUUGGAGGGGCAUUCAAGAGAAUCCACAGAAGAGAUUAUGGAGCAGAUGUCUUCUGAGGAGAGAGACUUCGAAUCAGGGCUGAUUAUUUUUAAGAAAUCACCUUCAAGUGAGAAAUACCAGGAGAAUGAAAGUGACAGAGUCUGCAAUUCCAGCCCAGACCUGAUUACACAUCAGGGAGAUAUUACAGCACAGACAGUUAGUACAUUUGCUAUCUCUGGCCAAAACUUCAUAGAGAAUUUAGAACCUAAAAAAACACAGAGAAGUUCUGUGGGAGAAAAGCCUCAUACAUGCAAAGAAUGUGGGAAAUCCUUUAAUCAGAAUUCACAUCUUAUCCAGCAUAUGAGAGUUCAUAGUGGAGAGAAACCCUUUGAAUGCAAAGAAUGUGGAAAAACAUUUGGAACAAACUCAAGCCUUCGUAGGCACCUGAGAAUUCAUGCUGGAGAGAAGCCCUUUGCUUGUAAUGAAUGUGGAAAGGCUUUCAUUCAGAGUUCACAUCUUAUUCACCAUCAUAGAAUUCAUACUGGAGAGAGACCUUAUAAAUGUGAAGAAUGUGGUAAAGCCUUCAGUCAGAAUUCAGCCCUUAUUCUACAUCAAAGAAUCCACACUGGAGAGAAACCAUACGAAUGUAAUGAAUGUGGGAAAACCUUUAGGGUUAGCUCACAGCUUAUUCAGCAUCAGAGAAUUCAUACUGAAGAAAGAUAUCACGAAUGCAGCGAGUGUGGCAAAGCCUUCAAGCAUAGCUCAGGCCUUAUUAGACACCAGAAAAUUCAUACUGGAGAAAAACCAUAUCUUUGUAAUGAAUGUGGAAAAGGCUUUGGUCAGAGUUCUGAGCUUAUCAGGCAUCAAAGAAUUCAUACAGGGGACAAACCAUAUGAAUGUAAUGAAUGUGGAAAAACUUUUGGCCAGAACUCAGAGAUUAUUAGACAUAUUAGAAUUCAUACUGGCGAGAAGCCUUAUGUAUGUAAAGAAUGUGGGAAGGCCUUUAGGGGGAACUCAGAACUUCUUAGACAUGAGAGAAUUCAUACUGGAGAGAAACCCUAUGAAUGCUUUGAGUGUGGAAAAGCUUUUAGGCGGACCUCUCAUCUUAUCGUCCACCAGAGGAUUCAUACUGGAGAGAAACCUCAUCAGUGUAAUGAAUGUGCAAGAACCUUCUUGGAUAAAUCUGAGCUGCUGCUUCACCAGAAAAUUCACAUUGGAGAGAAACCUUAUAAAUGUAAUGAGUGUGGGAAAACAUUCAGCCAGCAUUCUCAACUUAUCAUACAUCAGAGAAUUCACACUGGAGAGAAGCCUUAUGAGUGCCAAGAAUGUCAGAAGACUUUUAGUCGGAGCUCUCACCUCCUCCGACAUCAAAGUGUUCACUGUAUGGAUUGAUUUGCAAAAUAGGAAGGCUUUCCGUGGAAAGCUGAAGUUAGACUUAUUCAUAACCUAAACCCAGUUUUUCAAAUCAACUGAAUGGAGAGAACCUCUUCUGUCCUGAUUUUAAUUUAAACAUUUGGUCAAAUAGUAUGAGGCACUUUUAUGAUUUAUUCAUUUAGAAGUUUCAGUGUACUGAGUUAAAUUAUAAAAACUGUUUCAGGCCUUAAUUCUCUGCCCCUCUUUCCCUCUUCCUCCCUUAGUGAGUCACAUACCAUUAGGGGUUUGUAUACCAGCCAUCUAGCCUCCAUUUGUACUCUUCAGGAAAACUGGAGGAAUGUUAUUCCUCCACUUCCUAAGAAUGGGAGUCAACUCAUUGAAUGUUAUCCCCUAAAAUGCUGGAAAGUUGCAGCCUAAAAGACACACUUUGUUCUCUUGUCCAAUAUUUAGCACUGGAAUAAUUUAGUAAGCUUUUAUUAGCUUCAGAUCCUUUCGAACAUACUAUCAAGUUCCCAUUGAAGAUGGCAGCAUGAAUAAAAUGGAAAUCUGGAUAUUUAAUAAUGACCUCAAAAAGGUUUCCAGGACAGAGGAAACUGACCGGCAAAUUAUAGGGUCAUAAGUAAAGGCCCUUAGAAUCUAGAGGGGCUGGUGAGCAAGGCCAGGGGAUG